CAAAGAGCUCCAGGGAAAGUUUUGCAUGAUGCUGUCUGCAACCACCUGAAUCUUGUUGAAGGCGACUACUUUGGCCUUGAGUUUCCUGAUCACAAAAAGAUGAUGGUGUGGCUCGAUCUUUUGAAGCCUGUUAUGAAACAGAUUAGAAGACCGAAGCACAUUGUUGUAAAAUUUGUGGUAAAAUUCUUCCCACCUGACCACGCUCAGCUGCAGGAAGAACUGACAAGGUACCUAUUUGCAUUGCAAGUGAAGCAGGACCUGGCACAGGGAAGGCUAACGUGUAAUGAUACCAGCACUGCCCUCCUAAUCUCACACAUUGUACAGUCUGAGAUUGGAGAUUUUGAUGAAACCAUAGAUCGUGAACACUUAGCAAAGAACAAGUAUAUACCUCAGCAAGAAGCACUAGAAGACAAAAUCAUGGAAUUUCACCGUAAUCACAUGGGACAGACACCAGCAGAGUCUGACUUCCAGCUUUUGGAGAUCGCCCGUCGGCUGGAGAUGUAUGGAAUACGCCUGCAUCCAGCCAAGGACAGGGAAGGGACAAAAAUCAACCUGGCUGUUGCCAACACAGGCAUUCUGGUGUUUCAGGGUCACACCAAGAUCAAUGCUUUCAACUGGGCUAAAGUUCGAAAGCUGAGCUUCAAGAGGAAACGCUUUCUUAUCAAGCUACGGCCUGAUGUGAAUAGUUCCUUCCAGGAUACCCUGGAGUUCCUUAUGGCCAGUCGAGAUUUCUGCAAGUCUUUCUGGAAGAUCUGUGUGGAACAUCAUGCCUUCUUCAGGCUUUUUGAGGAGCCGAAACCAAAGCCUAAACCUGUUCUUUUUUCUAGAGGUUCAUCAUUUAGGUUCAGUGGCCGGACUCAGAAGCAAGUCCUUGACUAUGUUAAAGAAGGAGGGCACAAAAAAGUACAGUUUGAAAGGUGAGAGAAAGCUAAAU